CGGACCACGUCCUCGUCUCCUCCAUUUCCCCAUACCAUGCCGCGGCACUGGCGGGCACCCUUAUCGCUCCUUCUCUCUGCUUUCCUUCCGCUAUGUACGCUUGCCGCUAAUUUGUUCGAAAACACCGCUAUCGUGCGCACGGUCGAGCUCGGAGGCGCGCUCGUGCACGUCACGACCACGUAUGCGGUCAAAGCGCUCGAGGACGGUUCAAGUGUGUACACUAUCGCACUUGGGGAGCGGGAGCACGCGCAUACAGCCUGGCUGGAGGCGAAGUUGAAAGGCCAGACGGAGCGACUGCCGUUGGAGGAUUUUGGAUAUCAUCGGGAUAGCGGGUUCUACUUGUACACCAUCGAGCUGCCCAAGGCUCUGAAUGUAAACCAGACGUCCAACCUUGUCAUUGAGACUGUUCAGACGCACGCAACGUACCCCUGGCCGGAGGAAGCGGCACAAAAGGACCCUCAGUCCCUGAAGUACCACUCUGAGCUUCUGGUCCUGAGUCCCUACAAGACCGCUGUUCAGCGGACGAAGAUCAGGUCACCAAGCCCUCAAGUGCACUCGUACACUACUCCCGAGGACGUCGAGUUCACGACCGACGCGGUGGUCACGAAGGCUGGCGCGACUAUUACCUAUGGCCCUUUCUACGACAUCCCCCCUUCAGCCAUCCAGGACUUCGUCGACAAGAAACAGAAGGAACUUGUGAUUCACUAUGCGUUCGACUACCCUGUCCUGGAGAUCACCGAGCUUCGGCGUACGGCCGAGAUCAGCCAUUGGGGAGCGAAUCUCAACAUCCAGGACAACAUCAAUCUGCACAAUGCUGGUCCUCGUCUGAAGGGGCACUUCUCCCGACUCGAGCACCAGUCUCAGGCUUACUUUGGCAAAGCAGCGCCUCACGUUCUCCCUUCUCUCCAGCUCCAUCUCCCCGCAGGUAUUCACGAUGUGUACUACUAUGACCUAGUCGGAAAUGUGUCUACCUCCCAUCUGCGUACGACACCCUCCACCCCGAAGGGGACCGAGGCCAACCGCUUCAGCUUCCUCGAGUUGCGUCCCCGCUACCCCCUUUUGGGUGGCUGGAACUACAGCUUCACGUUGGGCUGGGACUCCUCGCUAUCGGACUACGCCGGUUUCGACAGCAAGACAGGCAAAUAUGUGGUUGGCGUGCCUAUCAUGACGGUCAUUCCUAGUGUGGUCGUUGACGAUGCGGAGGUUGCGAUCAUCCUGCCAGAGGGUGCAACUGAUAUUGACUACUACGCGCCGUACCCUGCCUUAUCCGAGAGCAUCUCGACGCAUAUCACUUACCUAGACACCAUCGGUCGCCCGAAGGUGACCCUGAAAUACCAGCAGCUCACCGAUAAGCACGGGGGUGUCAUUUACGUCACCUACAAGGUGCCGUUCACUGCGCACCUGCGCAAGCCGGUGGCUGUUGCGACGGCUUUCAUAGGUUUCUUUGCGCUCGCCUUCGCUGUGAAGCGUGUAGACAUUCGCCUCCGGAGGAAGUAAUUGUAUGCUAUAGCUGCUUUCUCUCAAUAUAACUGAAAUCAUCGC